AUGGCGGACGAAGUGAGCAUCGACAAGGCCAGCUUCCACAAUCGCCUGUCUUCGCUCAUCACUGCGUGGAAGGGCGACAAGCGCAGUGGCAAUCAUGUGUUUGGCGACGUGGGUAGCAUCGUUGUUAUUAUGGGCAAGAGCGAUGAGACGCAAGGCUUCCACAAAUCGAAUGCUGCACAAUUCUGGCUCUUGGGUUACGAGUUCCCGACCACUCUCUUCCUCUUCACCCUCGAGGGCAUGUAUAUCAUCACCACGAAGAAGAAGGCGACCUACUUGGAGCCACUGAAGGAAGGUGGCAAGACGCCUAUCGAGGUUCUCGUGCGGGGCAAGGAUGCUGAGGAGAACACCAAGCAGUUCGAGCGUAUGCUGGAGCUUAUCAAGAACGCGGGCAAGAAGGUUGGUGUGGUCGCGAAAGACGCUUCGAGCGGUCCUUUCGUGAACGAGUGGAAGACGGCAUUUGCAGACAUCAGCAAGGAUGUAGAAGAGGUGGAUAUCAGCUCGGCGCUGUCGAACGUCAUGUCGGUCAAGGAUGAGAACGAGCUGCGAGCUAUUCGAAAUGCCUCGGUGGCGUCCUCGCACGUGAUGGCUGACUACUUCGUGGACUACAUGUCUGACAUCCUCGACAAGGACAAGAAGAUCACGCACAAGGCUUUUAGCGACAAGAUUGCAGCUAAGAUUGAUGAUGACAAGUUUUUCAAGUGGAAGAAGGCGCCGGCGAACUUUGAUACCAUGCAACUGGACUGGUCUAUCAACCCUACGGUCAUGAGUGGUGGCAACUUCGACGUCCGGCUCACCACGGACCCAGAUGAUAGCAAUCUGCACGCUGGGGUAAUCAUCUCUGCCCUUGGUCUGCGAUAUCAGACAUAUGCUUCCAUGCUCGCACGAACGUACCUAGUGGACCCUAACAAGAGCCAAGAGGGGGCCUACAAGGUCUUGUUGAAUGUCCACGAUGCAGUGAUCAAAGAGCUACGAGAUGGCAUUGUCGCAAAAGACGUCUACAACAAGGCCAUCUCCGUUAUCAAGGCUUCGAAGCGACCAGAGUUGGCCGAGAAGUUUUCCAAGUCUGUGGGCGCUGGUAUUGGUAUCGAGACCCGUGAUGGCACGUUCACGCUCAAUGCGAAGAACAACCGCGUGCUUAAGGACGGCAUGACUUUUUCGAUCUCAACGUCUUUCUUUGAUGUUGAGAACCCGAGUCCGCAGGAUAAGAAGCGCGAUGCCAAGUAUGCUCUCAUGAUUAGUGACACAGUGCGUGUCAACCCUGCAGGUGUUGGCGAGGGGUUUGUCUUCACGAAAGAUGCCGCAACCGACAUGGAAAGCACAUCUUUCUUCUUCAACGAUGAUGAGGAGGAAGAGAAGAAGGAGAAGCCAAAGCCGAAGAAGGACUCGCGAGUGGGUGCCGUCGCUUCAUCCAACAUCACGAAGACGAGGCUCAGAGGCCAAGGUGCGCAGACUGCGAACGAGGAGAAAGAGGGCGCGCGAAGAGAGCAUCAGCGUGAGCUCCACAACAAGAAGCAUGGAGACGGACUGGAGAAGUACACUGCCGGCCAUGGGAAUCUCAACGGCACGGCUGUGAAGCAGUACAAGAAGUUCGAAUCAUACAAGCGCGACGCUGUGUUCCCAACCAGGGUGAAGGACCUCAUGAUUCUCGUGGACGAGAAGAACAACUCCAUCAUCCUGCCUAUCAUGGGCCGACCAGUACCUUUUCAUAUUGCCACUCUCAAGAACGCAACGACUAGCCAAGAGGGCGGAUUCUGCUUCCUGCGCAUCAACUUUCUCAGCCCCGGUCAGGGUGUCGGCAGGAAAGACGAUCAACCAUUUGAGGAUCCGUCUGCUCAGUUCAUUCGUUCCUUGACCUUCCGUAGCAAGGACAACAAUCGCAUGGAGGAUAUCAAGGACCAGAUCACUGAGAUGAAGAAGAAUAUGACACGAAAGGAACAGGAGAAGAAGGAUAUGGAGGAUGUUGUCGAACAGGAGAAGCUCGUCGAGAUUCGCAGCCGCAGACCUCACAGACUCGACAACCUCUACAUGCGUCCUGCACUUGAGAGCAAGCGCGUUGGCGGUGCCGUUGAAGUUCACACCAACGGUUUGCGCUACCAACAUCUCGGUAACCAGAGAGUCGACAUCCUGUUCAGCAACGUCAAACACCUCUUCUUUCAGCCCUGUGUGGGUGAGCUGAUUGUCAUCAUCCACGUCCACCUCAUCAAUCCUAUCAUGAUUGGGAAGAGGAAGGCAAAAGACAUUCAGUUCUAUCGCGAGGCCACCGAGAUGCAAUUUGAUGAGACAGGGAACCGCAAGCGGAAGCAUCGGUACGGCGACGAGGAGGAAUUUGAGGCCGAACAGGAGGAGAAGCGGAGACGAGCACAACUUGACAAGGAGUUCCGCAACUUUGCGGAGAAGAUUGCAGAUGCCGGCAAGAACGAGGGCUUGGCUGUCGAUAUGCCAUUUCGUGAUCUCGGCUUCAAUGGUGUGCCCAGCCGAAGCUCCGUUAUGGUACAGCCGACAACCGACUGCCUGGUACAGCUGACCGAACCACCGUUCAUGGUCAUUACACUCCUUGAUAUCGAAGUCGUACACCUCGAGCGUGUGCAGUUCGGCCUCAAGAACUUCGACAUGGUUAUCGUCUUCAAGGACUUCACGCGCCAGCCAGCCCACAUCAACACCAUUCCCGUCGAAUCCCUCGACAGCGUGAAAGAUUGGCUCGACAGCGUCGACAUCCCCUACUCCGAAGGGCCACUCAAUCUCAACUGGGCGACGAUUAUGAAAACUAUCGUCACAGAUCCUCACGUCUUCUUCAAAGACGGCGGAUGGUCUUUCCUUGCCGCCGAGUCCGAUAGUGAGGGUGAGGACGAAGAGGAAGAGGAGAGUGCUUUCGAAGCUUCAGGGGAUGAUCUGGCAAGCGAGAGUAGUGAGGAUGAGAGCGAUUUCGACGAUGACGCUAGUGCGGAGGCGUCGGAGGAGGAUGUCAGCGAUGACGAGGAGGGUGAGGACUGGGAUGAGAUGGAAAAGAAGGCUGCGAAGAAGGAUCGGGAGGGCGGGCUCGAGGAUGAGGAGAAGAGCGCAAAGGGGGGUAAGAAGAAGAGGUGA